CUACUACAGCUUUGUACAGCUUAAAUCAUCACUUGAUUGAUUAAGUUUUGGCACCUAAAUGGCACCAACACAGUCACGGAAUUGUUGGCCUCCAGAAGCUUCGCUGUUCCAUCAAGAAUCCCUGCCAAUAAUCAGCGGGAAAUAGCGUCAUUCUGCAGCGUUAAAAAUGAUUAAGUUAGUUGAUGGCCAACCUAUUAGGUGAACGGCCACCAAAAGCACUGCAACCGAUUGGCUGGACAAAAUGCCGAACAAAUGCGAUUCGAAGAGUAUGCAGAAAGCUGAUAAGCAUGCACUGAAACACGGUUUUCCAAAAAUUCUCUGCUUGAAAAAAACGAUGAGUUCCGAUGCCAGAGUUUCGCUGAAAACGUUGAACGUGAACUCUUUGGAAAAUUUCAAUAUCAACGGAAAUAAACCGGCUUCAAAAACGCCGAUAGAUAAUUUAAAAGUAGCGACAUCGACGUUGACUGAUGCGAAACAGGAAACUGACUACUCGAACAACUAUUUUGCGGAAAAAACAAAGAACAGAAACAGUUUUCAUCAAAAUGUUGAAGAGGCGCUGAGUUCGCUGCUUUGGCAGCCUUACGAGUACCAGAAUCAAAACAAUAACGAAUACAAUGUCGGAAAUAAUGGCAACGAUUAUGAAUCCAGUCAUUACUCCACUUGUUCUUACACGCCUUCGACUUCGCCGAUCAGCCUCGACCUUGACGAGACAUUCGACAACGCAGCGACGAGUCCAUCGAACACAAAGAAGAGCGUACCAUCUUCCAAUUCUCUUCAGUACAGCGGCACGGUACCACCACCAUCGCGGCCACCGUCGCUUCAGCACCGAAAGGACCUACAUUCAGAUGUUAUUAACCUGAACCGACAAGAACCUUCCGACCAACCAGGACCUGUCCUCAGGCCACGUGACAGCCUUUUACAACGCUCCGGCACUGGUGCAUUUGUCAGUCUGCCAACACUAGCCAGUUCACGUUUGAAUGUCGAGUGUGCGUUUGAGACGUUCAGUGAAUCGGCUACGUCAUGCUUUGGGGAGCUUUCGGGUGAAGCGAGUAUGCAAGGUGGUUCCGGUAGCGCCAGCGCCCAGCACUGUAAGCCCUCGAGCGCUCUGCCAGGUGGUUCCAGUGACAAUGGGCUGAAGCCCAUGUCGAUCCAGCCGGACUCUUCCCUAAAUGCUGCCAAUAUCGUUGGACUGCCGUCGAGCCAUGCACGGUACCCCUCAGUACCCUGCAGUGGUACUGCCGCCAGUUUUCAGAACUCCCAUGCUGCAUCUAGGCCGCAAACUGUCGGCUAUCCGCAGCAUUUCCGAAACAUCUCGGAACCCUCGCAGCAAAUCCUGCGGUACUCCACCAACGGCCAGGUGCCACCUGCAGUGUUCCUGCAGAAUUCGGGCACCAGCCCCCAAGUAGAGCAGCAGAACCUGCAGCUGAUCAACCACUUUCGGAGCAGCAGUGUUCCAAAGUCCAUGACUUUGGUGUCCAAGUACGAUGUGACUGCCAGCAGUGGUACUCCUGGGAGUGUGCGGAUUAAAGGGCCGUCGGUUCUGCAGCAAACCGCCAUGGGUUAUGGGGCGCCAUUAAUCAGCUCCAACAACAAUGUGCGAGUGGUACCGACCAAGUUACCAGUUCGGCAUGGCAGCAACUCACCGCUCAAGACACAAGUGAGCAACUUAACAAGUGCGCUCAAUUCUGGACACAUUAGCAACGUGAAUGUGAAUUUCUACCGAGCAGUACCUGUGAAUGUGGUCAGCUCGGUGCCCACCAUCCAUUGUUUGAACACCUUAAGUAACGAUCAAGGCAACAGCGUCUCCAACGUGCAAGUACUGCCUUUGGGCAGUGGGAGUCAUCAGAGUAACGCUGGCGGCUCCGUUUCGGUGGCCAGUUAUGUAACCAAUGUGGAGAAUCAAAGCGUGUUCAAUGGGCGCGGGGAUGGGGUGACCGUGCAUAACAUCAACCCAGUUCGGAUUGACAGUAUCAACCAAGUGAUCACCACCGGGUUAAGGGGCAGUUCAAGCACCCACGUGCAUGGUGGUGCCAGUGGGACUGCGUCCAGGAUGCCUAAUUUCACCAACGCUGACAACUCGAUGAUGAAAGCCAAUGUGGUGAGCAUACAGAAUGGGGCAUCGAGUGCCGACGCCCAACCAGCAGGUGCUGGGCGCGUUAUCACCACAACGGCCCAGAUAAACAGUGCGCCCAAUCCCAACAUAACCCGCACCAGGACCUUCACCAGCACGGAGGCGCAAACCGACGAAAUCCUCCCGGCACUGAACUCUUCUGGCGCAGCCACUCAACAUCAGCCUCCCUCAGUGCGGGAGCAGCGGCGCCGCGACCGAAGGGAGCGCAGACAAAACAGGCGCCCUCCAAACCCUCCCAGAAGCACCAACGACAGCAGCACCCAAGCGGGGGGAGGACAGGAGCCGCAGGAGAAUCGCCUCCCUGAUAUCCUCAACAGCCACCUGCCGCCUCCCUACUCCACGCUGCCCAAUGCCCAGAUGGCUUCGAUGGCGCCUCCGCUACCACCUCAAAUCCUGCCGCCUCCUCCUGCAAUGAUACCGGGAGGGAUGUUACCCAAUCCGCCCGGGCCAGUGUUGCAAACAGUGGUGCCGAAUGGAAUGCCCGCGAGUGCUUUUGUGUUUCCUGCGCCGCAGCAGAUGGCACCCUUAAUGCAGGGUGGUGCGCCGGUGCCGGUGGCGGUUCCUGCCACCGGCGCGAGUGGAUUUAGAUUCGGAUUUCCAGUCAACGGAUUUAGAAGAUCGAGAUUUUCCGAAGAUUCGCCAAAGAGUUGUUGCGACUUUUUCUCCUGGAAGCCUGGAUCUUUACGAUGGUUUAUUGCGUUGAUCGCUUUGGUGGCUGUGUGCAGUGUUCUGGUUGGAACAGCUUUAGGGGCCAUGCGGCCUGCUGGAAGGGAUCAUCUUACCGUUUCCUUAUUAAUGAUAGGAGUUGGAAUAGUAUUAAUUACGGUCAGUGGCGUCGCCUGGAGACUCACGUCCCAUGAUUCUUCUACCUGUAGAUCAAUGUUGGGACUGGGAUCGACAGAAUCUGUAGAUGUAUGUACCCGACGUUUCGUUCCUCGCUUACCUCCAUCAUAUGGGCGGCCUCAUCAUCCCUAUGCUGCCAUGAUGUAUCCCGAAUUUCAAUACAGGCCUCCGCCUCCUAGUUAUCAGGCCUCGAUGCAGGAGUACAGAUUGAGGCUGCUUCUGCUGGAUCGAGGGAACACGCCUCAAAUUCAAUCCGGGAUUCAGAAUGCCGUGUCUCCUCCACCUACCUACCGAAGUCACGCAGGAAGCUUAUUAAGGGCUCCACUUUCCAGUAGACGAGAGGUAAAUCACUCUGAGUACAGUUGUCCGCCAUCGUACCGAUCGCAGAACAGCUCGAAUCGACCUGGUACUCUCACAAAUGGCUCCAUUUUACAUUCGCGGGAUCCUUCUUCUAUUUCAGAUUCGAAUCAAGAAUCGGUUGUAAAUGUUGUAAAUAUCCUGGGCAGUACUGAAGAAGAUAUAGCCCUCGACAAUCUCACUUUGGAUUCGUUGAAAAUGGAGCCGGAAGCGACCGACAUCAAUCCCUUGAAGAUGCUCCUCAAAGGUGGUCAAGGCGAUUUAGAGGGCUCGAAAGAUGGCAAUUUAGUGACCAUUGUGCAGACCAAUGAUCAAAAUCCUGUGAUCGUCACUGUGAGCGGCUGUAGCGCACAGGACAACAAUUCAACCAUUCAAAUCACCGAAAUUCCUUCUGAAAUGGAAAUUUUGGCGCACUUAUAGUCGAAGCAGGACACGAUCGUGUUUAGUCGCUUAAUAAAAUGUCAGUGAUAUAAAAAAAAAUUGUGAAUUCACUUUAAUUAAGUACAUGUCAUCCGCUAUUGUUGCAGUAUUAACUGAUCCGCUAUUACUGCAGUAUUAGCGGAUUAAUACUCAGAGCUACUAGAAAAUAUAAAACACAAUUUACAUUUGAAAAACUUCUGCGUAAAAAACAAAGUAUUGUUUUGCGCAAAUGCUGAGUGGGCGCCCAUUUAUGGGCAGCAGGUCACUUUUCGGUAAGAACGUUUCCCUAGAAUACUGUGAUUUGUAAUUGAUCAUUUCUCGCACAGAGCAUACGAUAUUAUGAACUAGUUGUACACACUCUUAGAGCACUAGACACUUUACAGUGCAUAGUACAAAUUUUCUUAAUGUUAUGUACAAAUCGCUACCUGUAAUGACUUUAAGCGCGUCGUUUUGCCGUUUGUUCGGUUUCCAGAUCCAAAAAACAUUCGCCAAAAAAAGCAUUUUCAGUCAAAAUUUGUGAAAACGCAAACAGUGGUCCGUGCAAUUGGUUGAUGAGAAAUUGUCCAAAAGUGUUUUUGUACAUUUAAUGAAAUUUUAAUUCAUGUAAUUUGAAAAACUGUGUAUAAAUAUUGAGUACAAUAAAUAUUACGUUUCCCAUCGAGUUCUACCGAAGUGUUCCACGCUUGUAAUGUGUUUCUUUAAAUUAAAUUCUGUUUUUUCCGGUCAAAAUGAACACUUCAAUAUACAAGUCGAUGUAUCUAGAAACUACAAAGAAAUUAUAUAAAAAUAUUCUUGUAACAUUUAUGUUCAAAAAAAUUAAUUCAUACAUUUCCGUAUAAAUUCAUUUAAUAAUUUUGAAAACCAUUUUUUAUGCAAAAAACUAAUCCUGGUGCGAAAUUAAAUAACUCAUAAUUUCCUAAAAGGUUUUCAGAUGUUUGCCAAAAUUUCACCGAACCAAUAUCUUCCUUGUUGCCUUUUAACUUGUUUAAAUGUAGAUAUAAAAGUACUUAUUUCAAUUUUAUCAAAUAACUUUGCUUUGAACACGAAAACAUGUAACCAAAAAAUCGACUUGAAAUACAAUUUUAAUGGAAACCCAAAUAUUUUAAACACGUUUUAAGAAUAGCCAUGUUUUUGGGAAAACGCAUUGAUCGAUAGGUGAAAAAAAAUGUCAGGUAUCUAAUAGACAAUAGAAGAAAGACAAGUUUUAAAGCUGUUUUAAAUCGGUCAAAAGUUAUAGCUCAAAAGUCUAAAAGAAAAUUUGACUUUUUUCUUAAUAAAAAAAAUAUAAACCGUUAGACUUUCACUCAAAACAAGUUAACUACAUCGGUUUUAAAUCAUUGGCCGGCGGUAAUAAAUAAUCAUCAGCUACUGGAACAAUUUAAAAAAAUUAUAAAAGAACUUUUUUAAAUACUGAUUUUGUAAACUGAAUUAUCCCAAUAUCCGCCUUUUCUUGUCAUUCCGCUAUCGGUAUUUCAAGUGUAUCACAAUCUGGUACAUUUCUGCACUUUAAAAUUUAAAAAUGUUUCAAAUUCCAUAAGAAAUUUUUAAAAAACUCAUUUAUAAAAAUUCACUUACCAAUUGCAAUCUGUUCCUUCCAUAUUCGAUUCCUGUUCGGUUGCCUCAGCUAAUUAAAAAAAAAAUACAACCCACAUGCUUAUAGAAUAUCGUCGAGUUAGUGAUUUAUAAAUGUUUUAGUAAUGUAUAGAGGAAAAGAGCCACGUCUAACGACUUUAUGUCGAAAGGCGGAAUGUAAAUGACUAAAAACGAAGUGUUUUUUCUUUGUUUUCAACCAAAAUAAAUGUAAAUAUCAGUCCUAAAAAUACGCUUGAAAAUGUAAUAUUUCUAACGUUUGAAAGUUUGUGUAAUGUAUGUAUAUCCAGUCUACAUAAUAUACUAAUACGUUUUGUAUAGCUGCGUUCGUACUGUUCAGAGAACUUGUAUAUUUACAAUAUGUGCCUAUAUAAUGAUUGUAGAUAGUUUUUAUUUAGAUAAUGCUAUAAAUAUUAGAUUAUAUCCUGUAUGUAUUAUAUAUAUUAAGUUGUAUAAAAUACAUUUUUAAUGAAAAUUGUUACUUUUGUGCUUAAUUUGGUUUUGUGACAUGUUGCACAACAUCCUGGAAUUAUUUCCCAAGUGACUUUGGAAUUUGAACAUCACUUUGAAGAUCAUGACUAGAAAACACCUCUAGACCAAAAUACGUUCUUGUUUGUGGGUAUUUUUUUCGAUUCGCUAACCACUUCAGCAAACAGAUGAAUUUGCGGUGCUAAUUUGUAUUUCUUAUAAAUAAAUGAUCAAUUUUAAAUAACGGGCAGUUGACCUCUCAUAACGCGCUAAGCUAAACCAGCUUUAGUGCAAAAAUGUCUUUAAAACAAGCUAUGUUUUUACUCGCAGUGUGUGCUACAGUCUUCAUUGUUAGUGUUGCAAAUGGACUUCCAAUCGCAAAUGCCAAUUCAGUUUAUGUAAGACAAAAGCGAUCACCUGAACCGCAUGGAGGAUUCGGAGGUGGAUUUGGAGGCGGCUUUGGAGGAGGAUUCGGAGGAGGCUUUGGGGGAGGAUUUGGUGGCGGACGAGGAUUUGGAGGAGGCAGAGGAUUUGGAGGAGGAUUCGGUCGACCGCCGCCACCUCCACCGCCACCAUUUUUUGGAGGAGGAAUAGUUCCAGUCGUUAUAAUAAGAAGACCGUACUAUGACUAUUGAUGACAUAAAUGCACUUUUUUAUAAUAUAUUUGAAACACUGAUGA